AUGGAUUUGUUUAGAAUAUUAGAAGAAAAUUCGUCGGAUCCAAAACUAAAUAUCACCUAUUUUGCAUUGCAAUGGACCACUCAAAUUGGAUUUCCGGUUUUGAAUGUGAAAAGAGUAAAUGAGACACAUGUGACAAUUGAUCAAACACGAUUCAAAAUGAAUAAAAAUAUAACAGAUCAACCCCAAUUUAGUAAUCCAAGAUUUGGAUUCAAAUGGGAUGUACCAAUUUGGUACCAAGGAGGAGAAAGUAAGGAAAUCAGGUUCGACUGGCUUUCGAGAGACGAACCACUGAUAUGGCCGGUCUGGACUCAUGUAGUUUUGAACUCCGAUUCCUUUGGUUAUUACCGCGUAAAUUACGAGGAAGGAGAAUUCGUGAAAAUUGUAAACCAGCUACUCAAAAAUCACGAGAUUUAUUCGGUGAUAACCCGCUUUCGAUUGGUUGAAGACGCCUUCGAAACUGCUGCUGCAGAAAUAUCAAAUUACACUAAUCCUAUAAGACUGCUUGAAUACUUGAAAAAUGAAAAGGAAUAUCUACCCUGGAUUUCAGCUAAUACUUAUAUGAUAAAGUUGCUGAAAAAUUUCGAAAUUGAUCUAGAAAUGACACCAAUAAGAACGGUUUUAUUGAAGUUGAUCAUGUUCCAUAUCCACUUCGUGACAUCGUCUAUUGUCAUGGAAUUGAACUUGGGGACGUUAGUGAUUUAG